CUCGCAGGAGAGGAGAUGGCGAACAUGGGGGGAUGGACAGACAUCUGGGCUCUGCGUCUCGGGGGCCUGCUCCUGCCUCUGCUCUUCCUAGGGACAGCGGGUUCCCAGCUGCAGGUGACCACGGCGCCCUCCUCCUGGGCCCACCUGGGCUCGCGAUCCUUGCUGCAGUGCCGGUUUGAUGUCGGGGGGCCAGUGGCCCUGGACUUCCUGAGGGUGCAAUGGUAUAUUGGGGAGCAUGUGGUGGCCUGCUACAACCAGGGCAGGAUCCAGGCCCAGCCCGGAGCCAGUCUGCCAUCAGAGAAAGAGCUGGAGACAGGAGAUGCCUCCCUGUCACUGGCUGUGGUGACCCCAUGGGACAAGGGCGUGUACAAGUGUGUCGUGUGGCACAGGGACCAGGAGCACCAGGGGAUGACCACCCUGCACCUGCUUGCUGCCCCGAUGAUCUCCAUCCUGAGACAACCUGCUGAGGCUGACACUGAAACCUCCCUCCUGUGCCACGUGGGGGGGUUCUUCCCCGAGGAUGUGGACGUGGUGUGGCUGAGAGACGGGCAGGUCCUGAAGGGCUUUCCCUGCUCCAGCCCCCAGAGGAACCUGGACGGGACCUUCACCUUCACCAUGACCUACACCUUCACCCCCACGCACAAAGAUGCUGGCAGUGUCUUCUCCUGCCGUGUCCACCACAUGGCCCCGAGGCAGCCACUGCAGGAGGACAUCCCCCUGGAUAUCGGAGGGAGCACAGAGGUGGAUCACACCAGCACCAUGAUCAGCGCUGUCCUGGGAAUUGGCAUCAUAAAUGGAAUUGUGGUCAUCAUAAUCAUGAAGCAGAAGUCCAGGUCCAGUGGGCAACUUCAGCUCCAAGCCCGGCCGCAGGUGUCGGAGAUCCAGGUGUUGCCAGAGUGGGAUCCCCGGGACAAGGUGCCAUUUGCUGUCCAGCUCCACAACUUCUACCCCAGGGAGGUGCCCCCAAUUCAGUGGGGCUGCGAUGGGAUCUGGAGCUGGGGGGAAGACCCAGCGCAGAUAGACAACAAUGCGGACGGCACAUUCACUGCGACGAGCAUCUGGAGAGUGCCCACCUGGAGCCUGACCCGGCCGGAGCUGCGAGUGCGAGUGCGCGUCCAGCACGGCCCCGGAGAGCCCCCGAGCGAGAGAGAGCUGAGCCUGAGGGCCGCGGGUCUCCUGCGGCCCCCGGACGUGUCCGAAAUCACCCAGCCUGAGUCCAUGGCCACAGGGAUGGGAGUCACCCUUAGCUGCCGCAUCGCGGGGCAUUUCCCGGGGGAGCUGAGUGUGACCUGGCUGCGGAGGGGCAAGGGGGAGGACACUGCUGCAAUCCUGGAGGACUCCGCUGAGUGCAGAGUGGAGCCCGGCAUGGCCGUCCUCGCACGGGAUGGGAAGAGCUUCCAGCAGCAGACGGGACUCACCUGCUGGAUGUCCAGAGACCAGGGGGAAGAGUACAUCUGCCGUGUGGACCACCUCGCCCUGCAGGCCCCCAUUGAGAGGAGCAUCAAUGAUCCGGGGCCAGCUCCUGUCGGAUCUCCUGUGCUCAGAGCCCCAGGCUGGGCAGUCUCCUACUCUGUCUCUGAGGUUCAGGGGCCGGAGCGGUGCCGGCUGGGCCAGGAGGUGACCCUGAGCUGCUCCAUGGAGGGGACGUUCCCCGAGGACGUGGCCGUGACAUGGGAAAGGAUCCACAGUGAGGACAGGACGGUGCCUGAGAUUGACAAAGAGCAAGAGAGCCCCGAGCACCAGCCACUGUUACCCGCCCUGCCCCCGGGCUGGAGAGUGACCGAGGAGAGAGCUGGGACCUGCCUCACGUCUUCCCUGACAUUCACCCCCACGCUGCAGGACGACGGGACGCGGGUCCGGUGCGUCUUCCUCCACGAAGUCGAAAGUAUCAGAGAGGAGCGAGUGUCCCCAGAGAUCCAGGUGUGGGCCCGGCCGCAGGUGUCUGAGAUUCAGGUGUUGCCAGAGUGGGACCCCCGCGACAAGGUGCCGUUUGCUGUCCAGCUCCACAACUUCUACCCCAGGGAGGUGCCCCCAAUUCAGUGGGGCUGCGAUGGGAUCUGGAGCUGGGGGGAAGACCUAGCACAGGUAGACAACAACGCGGACGGCACAUUCACCACGACGAGCAUCUGGAGAUUGCCCAGCUGGAGCCUGACCCGGCCGGAGCUGCGAGUGCGAGUGCGAGUGUGCGUCCCGCACGGCCCCGGAGAGCCCCCGAGCGAGAGAGAGCUGAGCCUGAGGGCCGCGGGUCUCCUGCGGCCCCCGGACGUGUCCGAAAUCUCCCAGCCCGAGUCCGUGGCCAAGGUGAAGGGAGUCACCCUGAGCUGCCGCAUCGCGGGGCAUUUCCCGGGGGAGCUGAGCGUGACCUGGCUGCGGAGGGGCAAGGGGGAGGACACUGCUGUGAUCCUGCGGGACUCAGCUGAGUGCAGGGUGGAGCCCGGCACGGCCGUCCUGGCACGGGACGGGAAGAGCUUCCAGCAGGAGACGAGACUCACCCGCUGGACAUCUAGGGAUCAGGGAGCAGAGUACAUCUGCCGCGUGGGACACCUGGCCCUGGAGACCCCCAUCGAGAGUAGCAGCGCCUGCCAUCUCCACCCUCCAGACCUGGGGGAGGUCUCCCAGACACAGGCCCUGAUCCCUGAGCAGCUGGUGACCAUGAAGACCCGUCUAUCAGGGUGCAACCCCAAGCAGCUGGCAAUGACCUGGCUGGGAAAGAAAGCAAGAAAGAAAGAGCCCAGGGCCCUGGAGAGCUCAGACCCCCAGAGGAUCCACACCUCCACCCCUAGCCAGGUGCCGGACAGGAAGUCCUACAGCGUGGAGUCUGAGCAGCAUGUCCCCACUACGGGGCCUGAGGACAAGAGGGUCGAGUACCAGUCCUGCGUGAAGCACGAGGCCCUGAAGAAGUCAAAGUCCAGGUCCAGCGGGCUCACAGGUCCAUCAGAGCCCUCAGGAGUCUCCAACAAUUGAGAGAGGAGGCAGCCGAAGACAGAGGAAUGCGGGGUGAGGCCAGGGUGGUGACACCCGGGGGCUGCAGCAAGUCAUGGGCAUGUCUCCUCUGGUCAUCCCCAGGCAGGCAGGGGAAGGCACCCAAAGGCCCAUGGAUAACGUGGGUUCCCAUCAUGCCUGAGUCACACACAGUGAGGUGUCAGGGCACACUCCUGACCGCAGACCAACUCCCUCAGCCCCGAUCCCUUUUCCCAUCCCAAGACCCCACGUCCCAGGAGGAGGCUUCAGCCUGGCACCUGCACUCCCCCACUGUGCUCUGGCAGAUCAGUGCAGCCUACAGCCCUGCCUGGCUCAUGGGGAAGCCCAGAGGCUCUGGGUUUUCCAGACAAAUGGACCUCAGGCCCUGGAUGACAAGUCACAGCCUCAUUCCUCUUCUUUUCUAGGCCAUUCAGAGUCCACCAGAGGCUCAAAGAGCUGAGGAGGGAGGUGUGGGCUGAGGACAGAGGCAGGGUUGGAUCUGGCACCCACCUGGGAAACACCGCAGCUGGGCUGUGCUGGGCAGGGGAUCAGGCCGGGGCUGGCGCACAAGGCCUAGAGUCUUGGCUGUCCUUGGGUCAUCCCCAGGUCUCCAGUUGGGGUGGCUGCUCCUACUGUCCUUCCUCCAGCCAUGGUCUGUGCAGUGGGGCUGGGCAGGGAGCCCAGGCCUGGGAUGGCUUUUUCUUCCUCUCUGUAUACAAUAAAGG